UUGAUAGAUUACUAAACUAGAUAUGUACACACGAAUAGGCCAUGUACCUGUAGCAUUGUGAAACAAACCAAACAAUCAGGGAUAAAGAAAAUGGCAGAUGAGGAAGCAUACAGUGAUAGCGACGAAGAUAAUUCUGUAAAUGAAGAGUCUGGUGGAGAGCAGGCAGGAUCUGAUGUAGCAGAGGAGCAUGAAGAAUCGGGAAGUGAAAGAGCAGAAUCGGAUGGUGAGGAACAAGAAGUACAAUCAAAUGCCAACAGUUCAGAACAUGGCGAAGAAUCACCUGAAGAGGGGGAUGUAGAGCAGGAAGAAGAAGUUGAACAAGAAGUUGAAGAAAAUGAGGAAGGAGAACAGGAUUCCGAUGAUGAACCUCAAAGAGAACAAUCAGAAGGUGAAGAAGUGGAACAAGAACAUGCAUCAGAAGAAGAGCGAGAGGAGCAAGAGGUUGGGUCUGGAGAGGAAGCAGUGUCUGAACCAGAACAGAUGGAUUCUGAUGUAGAGAAUGAGAUUCAAGAAACUGGAGAACCGCUAGAUUCAGGUGAAGAGGAAGAACAUGCUGUUUCUGGAGGCGAAGAUGGAGAGCUUCAAGUAGAUGAAGAUAAAGAACAAGUUGGUUCUGGUGAAGAGGAGCAGGAAGAACCAGUAGGAUCUGGUGGUGAAGAGGAUGCAGAGUCUGAGGUUGAAGAGGAGCAUGAGUCUGAGGCAGAAGAACCUGCAGUUUCUGGGGAUGAGUUUGAAGAAGGCCAUUCUGGGGAUGAAGCUGAAGAGGAUCAGGAAGUCUUAGGAGAAGAGCAGCAGAUUGCUUCCGAUGCUGAAGAACAACCGAGCUCAGACGUCGGCGAUCAAGUUGUGUCAGGUGCUGAAGACAUUGUUGGAUCUGAUGCAGAGAAAGCAGAGGAGGAUGAUGGAGAGAGCAGAAAGGAGCAUGACUCAGAUGCAGGAAAAGAAGAUAGUGAUGAUAGUGAAAAUGAAAUUGGACGUAAACCAAAGCGAAAAGCAGUUAUGGACAAUGAUGAUGGUGAUGAGAAAGAUUCAGAUAAUGAAGAAGAAAACCUUGGUCAGGCUACUCAGGAAGGACUAUUUGGAGAUGCAGAUGACAUAUCUGAUGAUGACGAUGAGGACUUGGAUGCAAUUGCAGCAGAGCUUGCUGGCGGUGAUGCAGAGGAUGCUGAACAAAUGCAGGUUGAUCAGGAGGAAGGCCAGCAAGAGGAACCAGAAGAGGUUUUAGAGACAAGAAUUGAUGUUUCUUUACCAAAACUAUCAACAGACCUUGGAGAUGAAUUACAUUUUGUCAAAUUACCUAAUUUUCUCAGUGUUGAUACAAGGCCCUUUGAUCCCAAUACAUUUGAAGAUGAAUUUGAAGAGGAUGAGAUUCUGGAUGAAGAAGGUAGAACAAGGCUAAAACUAAAGGUUGAAAACACAAUUAGGUGGAGGAAGAUAUAUGACGAAGAAGGAAUUGAAAUUGACAGAGAGAGCAAUGCAAGGAUAGUCCGAUGGUCUGAUGGAAGCAUGUCGCUUCAUCUUGGCCAAGAGGUAUUUGAUGUUUACAGAAGUGCCAUUCAAGGUGAUCACAAUCACUUGUUCAUUCGUCAGGGAACUGGACUCCAGGGACAAGCUGUCUUUAAAACCAAACUCUCCUUCAGACCACAUUCAAUAAACAGUGCCACUCAUCGUAAGAUGACAUUGUCAGUCGCUGAUAGAUGCUCCAAAACCCAGAAGAUCCGAGUGCUGCCUAUGGCUGGUCAAGAUCCGGAGUCCCACAGAGCCGAGAUGAUUAAGAAAGAAGAGGAACGGUUAAGACUACAGAUAAAGAGAGAGAGUCAACAGAAGAGAGUCAGAGAAAAGGGACACCAAAGAGGCAUAACCCGCUCAUACCUGGAAGGUAGAGAUGAUGAGGAGGAAGGUGUAAGUCUUGCAGCCAUCAAGAACAGAUUUAAACAGCCUGGACCAUUAUAUGGGUCAGGGGUAUAUACUUCAGGAAGCGAGGAGGAAUCUGACAAAGAGGAAAAAUUAUUGAAAGCCAAAAUAUUAGACAGUGAAGGAGAAGAUGAGAGUGAUGAUAGUACAUCAAAGAAGAGGAAAGCAAAAUCAGACGAAGGUCAAAAGAAGAAGUUGAAAGCAUUAGCAUUUAGCGAUGAUGAAGAAAGUGAUUGAAGAACCAACAGGCGCUUCUGGUAUAUGAAUGUUUUGUGUUCCUUCUAUUGUCAACUCCGAUGAUCAUACAUAUGCAUGGAACUCAUGCAUAUUCAAAAACAUCUAGCUGCCAAUGCUUCUAGUUACUUGUGUAUGCAUUUAAUUUCAACAUGGUUGCAGCAAUUUUGAGGUACCCACAGGCGUUUAAAAAAUGUUGGCACAUGAGUUUCUCGACUAUAUUCUUAUGCUGGAAUAUCAAUGAAGGUGUCCUAGGUUGUAUACUGUAUAAAUGCCUAUAAAAGAAUCAACGGUAUAAUUGUCUACAAAAUUACUCCUAGUUGUAUAUUAUGAAAUAAUUAAUCAUCAUUCACGCUCACAAUCAUGUUUAAAAAAUUUCUAGAAAGAACAUCAUCUGUGGCUUCCUGAACAGUUUUUGUUAUUGAACAUUAUCAUCAUUGGCAGUAAAUGUAUUCGUAAAACUACAGUAGCAAAAAUUUGGGGGUCUAUUUUGUGAAUACUUAUCUGGAUCGGAUAAGCCGACUAAUUUCUUUUGUAAUCAUUUCUGGUUUGUGUAUUUUAUAUCAUGUUCAGUAUACUCAUACAAGUUGUGUACAUGUUAUAAUUUAAAUGGCAAAGAAAUGCUAUGAUGGGGUAGUGAUUGUGUGACAGAACUGCAUUGGAAAUUAGGGAAGUUAUAUCUUCUGUAUGAUGGUUUGUUGUCAGCCAAAAAAUAUUACACACUCUGUACACAUGUUGCAUUCAAUUGUUAUUUAACAUUUAAUAAAUAAAUUUUGUACAAAAAAUACAAA